AUGUCCUUGAUAGAACUCGCCACUGUGCGUCUCAAGCCGCAUUAUACCGUCCCGGUAUCUCCAUCCUUCACCGAAACUUGGAGUCACGCCCUCCAUGACGUCUCUUCCGCGGCAGGUAUCCCCUUCCACCUCUACCACUCCAUAAACGAUAAGUCGGUAUACUACCUCCUCGGGGGCUGGCGCACGGGCGCCGAUCACAUCUCGUUCCUAAGCACCCCCGGCGCCGUCGACCUGGCGAAAGCAAUAGGUCAAUUCAUGACCGUCGACAUUGUCCGCCAUAUCUCCGGGGACAUCGCCCCCUUCGGACCCAGAAGUGAACGCGAGUUCCUGAGGGUCAGUGUGUACAAAGUUCCUAUCGCGCAUGCAGGAAAGUGGGAGCGCGAGUGGAUGCGCGACGGAGGAGCUGGGGGAUGGGAUGAGAGUGCGAUGGUGCAGAAACAGCAUGCUGCGUUCCGAAAGAUGGGUGAAGUCACGGGUAGUGAGGGCGCCUUUGGAGGAACAGAUGGUCAGACUUUCAAAACCUGGAUUUGGAUUGAAACCGCAAGAGACAAGACCAAGGAAAAAGCUGCUGAGCGCAGUGAUGAGAUUGAGACCGAGACUUUUGAAAUGGAGUAUGCCAUUGGUUAA